CUUCAAUUCACUUCUACUGUGCGUUAUAUCACUGCUAGUCUCGCUCCCUAGUGGGGACAAAUUCCCAACGCGCUAUUCACUGUUGGCAUGAUUGCUCCCGCAACAGCUAUAUGAUUUUGACCGCAAAUAAACUCUUGAUUGCUUCCACUUUCCCAGAACAACUCAACCUGGGCUCCAAACUACCUUGGUCUUCCCCCCUCGUAAGAUCAUCGACACCAACCCAUCACUCCCCCGUCAUCAACAUAAUCAAGGAAUCCCAACUCAGCAAAAUGAACUCCAACCGCUCCCGUCCCGAUAGCCGGGCUGGCCGCGCUAGCGAGCGCGUUACCUUUGAUGAGAUAGCGCUCAGUGACGACGAACGUAUCGCCACAGUUUUCCACCCCAUGAAGGCCUUAGCCAGCCGUAACCAGGCGGACGAGCAAGCGUUGGGGGACGAGCGGGAGAGUCGCGGGUUCUCCCGCAACUACCGCGGCGAUAUGAACAAUCCCAAGAACCAGCGCGGCAUGGUUUCCGACAAUGAGAACACCAGCUUGUUCAUCACCCGGCUGCCUGCGGAUGUCACCCCCGCUCAGCUCUUGAAAGCCCUCGCCCCCCAUGGACCUUUCGGGAGGGUUUGGUCAGUCCACGUCAUCCCUGCCAAUGCCGACAAGGGCCAGACAGGGGCCGCGGCUAAGCUCAUCAUGUUCGAUCGCGCUGGGGCUGAGGCGGUAUACAACUUCAUUCACCGCGGCGGUCUUUCUUUCUACAAUGGGUCGACCAGGAUCCGGGCGAUUGUCUCCUGGAACCAGGUCAAGUCACCGCCGUCAGAUCCCCGGGGCACCAAGUCGCGCGUUCUCAUUAUCUCGGGCCCUGCCGACUUUGUCGAUGUGAAGAAGCUCAGAGCUCUGUUCAGUCGCUACUUCAUCUAUCAGGAGGAGGAAGUCAAGCUUACCUCGCAUCGGGACUCCAAGCAUGAGAUUGAGUUCAGGUUCUGCUGCUUUCACGCUCAGGCGGAGGCCGCAUCGGUCUUCCUCGGACGUUUGAAACCUUCGAGUGUGCGUGUCAAGUUUGGAGCCGACCCUCUUGCUCAGCAGCCCCCAGCAAACGCUCAGGCUCGGUCGUCUGUAACGAAGGACCGCUGGGCCCUGUUGGGUCAGCGCAGACGUGGAGGAUCUAGUUCUUAA